AAUUUACGAGUCAAAAUUGAUACCUUUAUGGCGAAUGAAUAAAAAUUCACAUAUCCAAAACUCCCACAACUCCCCAUAUCAAUAGUCCCUAACCUCUUAUUAUCAAAGCUUCAUUUUUCAACUUCUUGUGCUCAAGAAGUUACAUCUUUUGAGAUAAAGCAAACCCCAUUUCGUUUGCCUUGAAAUACUUCUCUACUUUUUCACAUUUUCAGUGUAAGAAAAUGGCAUCUGCCAUGGCUAAACCCAAAACACAGAGAAAGCUUACCAGACAGAGCCAUGAAAACCAGAAACCAAAGGCGCAGAAGGCAGAGAAGCCGCCGUCUUGGGCAGUUGUUAGAGGCAUAUUCAGCUGUAAGUACCUGCAGCCUCAACAACAACAGCAACAGAAUCAAUUGCCACGCAAAGAGAAACAAACGGAGCAAGCAACAGAAGAGAGUAGCAAGAACUGUAAGAAAAUGAGGUGUUCGGGUUCACUGUGUAGCAACACUAAGGUAACAUACAGGCUUGAAGUAGCAGCAUCACCGGAUGCUCACAAGAAAAGGGCAUUGGCUUCUUCAAUGGGUUCUAAGAACAAUGAGUCCUUAAGUUCAAGUAGAUCCACAAAAGCUCCUCCUUUGAACGAACAAAAUGGUGUUCUAUCAGCCACAACUUCAUCGUUAUCUGCAUCAUCUUCUUCCAAUUCCUCCAAUGGUGCCUCUUUCAGGGGAAUGCCUUUCAGGAGAUUCUAUGGCUGUUAUGAAUGUAAAAUGGUGAUUGACCCUGUUCUUGGGAUGACUAGAGAUCCUUCUCUUAGAGCAACUAUUUUCCCUUGUCCUGAAUGUGGGGAGAUUUUCAUGAAAGCUCAAGCUUUAGAGCUUCACCAGAGUGUUAGACAUGCAGUAUCUGAACUUGGUCCUGAAGACACAAGCAAGAACAUAGUGGAAAUCAUAUUCCAGUCGAGCUGGCUAAAAAAGCAAGCCCCAAUUUGCAAAAUUGAAAGGAUUCUCAAAGUCCAGAACACUGCAAAGACCAUCUCGAAAUUCGAGGAAUACAGGGACUCCAUUAAAGCCAAAGCCAUAAAGCUUUCAAAGAAGCAUCCACGAUGCAUAGCAGAUGGCAACGAACUCUUAAGGUUCCACUGCACCACCUUGGCGUGCUCAUUGGGCCUUAAUGGCUCCUCCAACCUCUGCAGUUCAAUACCUCAAUGCAAUGUCUGUAGCAUAAUCAAGAAUGGGUUCAAGGUGGCGGCAGAGGCCACCGGAGGGGACGCUGGAAAGGGGAUUCUAACAACAGCAACAAGUGGAAAGGCUCAUGACAGUGCCGGAAUAUCAUCGGACGGCAAUGACAAAAGGGCAAUGCUGGUUUGCCGAGUAAUAGCUGGUAGGGUGAAGAAAAGUUCAGAAGGCACUAUGGAGGAUUAUGACUCAUUGGCCGGAGCAGCAGGCAUGUAUUCCAAUUUGGAUGAGUUAUACGUGUUCAGUCCCAAGGCAAUAUUGCCCUGUUUUGUUGUCAUUUAUGGAGGGUUUUAACUUCUAGCAGCCAUUAGUGGCUUCUGUUGGGCAAGAGUUUGUCUGAUUGCCUUUGGAAAGAUAUUGAAUUUAAUGGCUUUGUAUUGUGUUUCUUGUAAAUUGGCAUUUGGUGGUGUGUUGGGUGGGAA